AUGUGUGCUUGUUCUAACAGAACAUUUUCUCCUCCAACAGAUCACCAGCGAGCGAAAGCUCUUGGUGACACAUACCAACUAAAUGAUAACAUUCGUCGAGCGGUUACAAUUGGUAUAGAUGAAUGUUUUUUACCAUUUCCAGUACCAAACGAAGGGGAUUGGGUUUCCAUACAUGAAGAACCAGGUCAAACUGUACAAGAAUUCGAACAAACAAAACGAACAGUAUCACAUACAAAGGCACCUUCAUUGGAAACCAUAUGUGAAUUUGCAUGUCAUUUUUUUCCUGGAUGUGAAUUAGAAAUUUUACCUCAAAUUGAUUUUACUGAUUUUUCAAAACAUUUUCAAACUGGAAAGUGUAUCAAUUCAUAUACAAAACAACCACAAUAUUUGGCAUCUUCUAUAAUUGGUUAUUUAAAAAAAAUGAAACGACGAGAACGUAAACAUGAUCGUCAAGAAUUAUUUUGCAUUGGUGUUACUAUGGCUGAUAUUUAUUCAGAAUCUGACUGGAAUUUUGUCUAUGGUUUAGCAUCAGUCGGAGAUGGCAUUGGAGUAUAUUCGUUUGCUCGAUUAGAUCCAUCGUUUCCAGACACAGAAACAGCUGGACUGUGCACAAAUACAGAACGAAUAUUGGUACUUAAACGAGCUAUAAGUGUCUUUGUUCAUGAAGUUAUACAUUUAUUUGGCAUUGCACAUUGUAUCUAUUAUUUAUGUUUGAUGAACGGAGCAGAAAGUGAAGAAGAAAUGGAUGGACAACCGUUGUAUUUAUGUCCAAUAUGUUUACGAAAGAUGUAUGCAGCAUUAGGAAAAGAGAAAAAACAAUUCAAUGUCAUAAAAAUGUAUACGAAUAUUUUAGAUGCUUGUAAACGGCUUCAUUUUAAAGACGAAGCGGCAUGGUAUGAAAACAGACUGAAAUUAUUAAAUAUAGAAGCGCAUCAUUAA